AUGCUAUUUGGUAAGACGGAAUUUGUCAAAGACGUUGGAACAAUGCUGGUCAAGAGAGCGGAGGUUCCUGCAGCUGACAGAGUAUCAAAUGAUGCGGAAGCGAUGUUCGUCGACAUGGAUGAGAGGGAUACCAUAUCGUUUGAUGAGGAAGAUGUGAAUUCGCUUCUAAGAGCAUCCGAAGGAGUGAAAGAGAAGGUCGCAAAGAAUGAAGACGUUGAGACAGUCGGAGUGUCCGAGAGGGCAGAAGCUGGAAUGUUCGACGAGCCAGAUGUCACGCUGCUCAAGAAAGAAGGUACAGGAGUAGUCAAGGUAUUUGAAGAUGUAAAGGCCAAGUCGGUCGGAGAAGAAGACGCUACACUGUUAGUGGGAGCUGUGGUGGUCGCUGAGCUCGUCGACAGCGAUGAUGCUGUAUUUAUCGAAGUCAUUGAAAGUGCAGGAGCCAGCAUUGAAGAGGAAGAUGGCACUGGAGUCGUUGAGGCACUUGAGCCUCUCGUGGAGGACGCCGCUAAUGUGAAAGACCCGCUGCUCGAGGAUGUAGACAGUCGAUCUGAGCUUAGUGUUUCCGUCGGAUAA